AUGGCGGCAACUGCUGAUGCAUACAAUCUGGGAGCUGUGCGACCCAACAUUGGCGGGCGCGUGAGCUCACGGGCGUCAUCAAUGCGACGUGGGCCGGCUGAAGGCGGUCCAGAGCCUCAUAUCGAUGCUGUUUACCCCCGGAGAGAGUCUGAAAACGCGGAGCGGUCCAGCAGAAGCGAGGAUUUGAUCAUACCUGUUGGCCCGGUCGGUCAGAAGGGCAACUCGUCUCUUAGGCGCCAUCUUGGAGAGCGGCACGUUAACAUGAUCACCUUCUCUUGUGUCAUUGGCAUAGGUCUCUUCCUGCAAAAUGGCAGGAUCAUAAACCUUGCCGGGCCGGGAAUGGCAUGGUUGGCAUAUCCGUUGAUGGGGUCGAUCGUCUGGUCCGUGCAAGCUGCUCUUGGGGAGAUGUCAGCUCUUUUCCCUGUGCCCGGGGCAUUGUUCGAGAUGCCUUGCAGGUUUCUGGAUCAAUCAAUUGGAUAUGCUGUCGGAUGGAUGGCAUGGUUUGCCUGGGUUGUUAUCAUCGCUGCAGAAUUGCAAGGAGUGGCAGGGCUCUUCCAAUUCGGAUUUAAACCGUCAGACCUUGCAAGACUUCAUUAUCCCGAACCCUCUCUAGAGUGGGGAACGACCAGCGUCGACCCUGCUGUCUGGAUAUCGAUUUUCCUCUGUCUCAUACUGGUUGUCAAUCUCAUCCGUGUGCGGUGGUUCGGUGAACUGGAGUACUGGGUCGGUGUUAUGAAAAUGCUCUUUAUCGUCGGGUUGAUACUGUUUAAUAUCGGUAUCAAUAUUGAGACGGGAAACCACUUUCGCUUUUACAACGACCCAUGGGGAUUCAUCUCACGUGGAUGGAUAACGCAAAGUGGUGCUGUGCGGACUGGUGGCUGGGCACACCUCGCCAGCGUUUGGACGGCGAUGACAUUGACCAUCUUCUCCAUGAUCGGCUUUGAAGCUGUGACGGUUACAGCAGCAGAGAACCGAGAGCUCCGUACAUAUGAAGGGGUCAAGAUCUCGAGCAGAAAAAUCGCGAUUCGGAUCAUCUUGCUCUACACCCUCACAACUUUCACAGUCGGCUUGAACGUGCCGUACGAUGAGCCGCUUCUGGCGAACAGAGACAUCUCUGUCCUGGAUAAUGGUACUCACUCAGCAUUCGUCGUGGCUGCUAUCCGAGCGGGGAAAAGGUUCUGGCCGAACUUCUUCAAUGGAUUCUUUAUUCUGUCGGCGACUUCCUCCGGUAUCAACUCAUUGUACUUGUCGUCCCGGAUUUUGCAUGCCCUUGCUCUAUCCCAAGGCGCAUGGCCAAGGUGCUUGAGAAAGCUGCAAGGUCGUUUGAAAGAGACAGGGUCCCAAGGGGUCCCACGCAAUGCAGUGUUAGCAAGUUGGCUUUUCGGUUUUCUUGGAUAUUUGGCGGCAAGUGGCGCUCCAUCACAUGAAUUGGGUCGGCUCGCCCUAAACUCGACAGUCUCAAUGCUCAUCGUGUACGCAGUAAUCUGCGUGACAUUCCUGCGGUUCAAAACAAUUAUCAAACUCGCAUCCACAGGCCAGUUCCAACAGACGGAUUUUGUCGACCCCGAACAGGAUCUCAAGGCGUAUUCCAGGAAGAAAGAUACGAGGACCUAUCCGUAUCGAUCGAACUGGCAGCCGAUGCGGACAUGCUACGCUCUCUUUGGCAGCACCAUGAUGAUCGUCUUCAAUGGUUGGCGGUCGAUCAAUCCAUUCAGUGCUGCAGAUUUUGUCGCCUCUUACAUUAGCGUUGUCAUUUUCAUUGCACUUUGCAUCUUCUAUCGUUGGCACCUACAUCGUCAAUUUCUACCUCGACUGCGCCCGACCCUGAACCUUAGAUAUCCUGUUGAAACGGAUGUCAAUGACCCUAAAUAUGGCCGAGAUAAGCUUCGAUUUGAAGAGAAUGAUAGCUUGAUAAGAAGAGUUACAAAGACGGGCAAAUGGAUUUGGGUAUGGCUGAAAUGA